UAAAAAAAGAAGGUUAUUAAAGACACUCAUUUGACUCGAGGUUCCGUUGACGUUGGCGCGCUUAAACCUCCCUCAGCUGAUCCUCCACACCGCCUUAUUUUACGGCGAUUUUCCGGCCUCCUCGUCUUCCUGCAGGUGUGUGCGUUCGUGCGUGUGUUUCGUCGCCAUGGCCAAGAAGGAUGACCUGUUUGAGUUCAACGCUCCCCAGUACCUCGAUUUCACCCAAGGCAUUCCCGAGGAGACCGACGACUCCUAUUUUGAACUCGCCCCAGAAAACCCUCGCACAGACUCACCUAUGGAAACAGAGGAGUCCCAGGAGCCCCCCACAGCAGAAAAACAAGCCACAGUAGAAGAGGGACCCACAACAGAAGAACAAACCACAGAGGAGUUCCAGGAGCCCCCCACAGAAGAAAAACAGGGACCCACAACAGAAGAACAAACCACAGAGAAGUCCCAGGAGCCCCCCACAGCAGAAAAACAGGAAGCCACAGUAGAAGAGGAACCCACAACAGAAGAACAAACCACAGAGGGGUCCCAGGAGCCCCCCACAGCAGAAGAAGAAGGUGCCACAGAGGAGUCCCAGGAGCCUCCCACAGUAGAAGAGGAUGGAGCCACAGGAGCACCCACAUUCCCAGCGAGCCCAAGGGUUCUCUCUGCGGCCAAAGUGAAGAAGAUGAGAGGGCAGUCACCAAGUGUUGGGGUCAGGCAGUCCCCUCGUCUCUUGGCCAUCUCAAAGGCGCUGCGUCGGAGUGCCGCCCAGCGUACACCAGGCAGCCCUCAGGCCGCAGGCAGCAGCAGCAGCAGCAGGGCCAAGGGAAGCCUGGUAACAAAGGUUCAGACACAGAAGAGGGGGAACAACCGCGUGCCUGGGGUCGGCAGUCUCACCCAGGACGACAAGCAUGAACUUAGCACUGUCGCGACCUUCCGGGAUAAGAUACACAAAAACAAACGCAAGGACGCACACACAGCCACACAACCCCUCAAGCCAACCAAGGUACAGGAAUUCCACUUCGCAACGGACCAGCGUCUUCGGAACCAGGCGGAGGCACACCCACAUUUGUCCUCACCCCCUAUGCCAGCCCCCUCUCGUCCCCUUCGAUCAGGACCAACCAGACCGCAGGAAUUCCACUUCGCGACGGACUCAAGGCUCAAGGGGAAGGAUGCUGCGAAGGGGGAGGAGAUAGAGCCCCCGAGGGAUUUCGCGAGGAUGCUUCGAUCGUCCUCGUCGUCUUCUCUGGACACGGCAGGCACAGCACACAGAGGGCCAACCAUUCCACAGCCAUUCCACUUCUCAGACUCGCGCCGGCAGCACCAGCAGCAGGCCGAGGUGUCCCAGAAGUUUGUGUCCAUGGCCGAACUGAACCUCAAAUUUAUUCUUGGGACGCCUGAGAGAUUCCGAACCAAGAGAGCGGGCAGCGUAGAGCUUCAGGAGAGCAACAACAAGAAGCCGAAGGGUCUGACGAUGCCCCACACACCCAACCUGGCCACCAGCAGACGACGACGGUCCCUCAGUGUGAUGACGCAGGAAGAGAGGGAGAUUCAGGAGUUUGAGGAGGCACAGAAACAUGCUUUCAAGGCCAGACCAGUGAACAAAAAGGUGUUUGGGACGCCCGACACUGGGUACCACGUGGAGAAGAAGCUGCCCACCGUGCCUGAGCCUUUCAACAUCACUGAAUCAAAGAAGUCCGAGUGCCUGAGUCUUGUAUCGGCGCUUCCCUACGGUGGCAUCAACACACGUGACACCGCAAGGAGCAAACUUCAAGUGCAGCCUUUUAGCUUUGACCAACGUGACAAGGCGAAAUUGGAGCAAAAGCAGCAGAAAAUACAGAAGAUCAUCGAGGAGGAGAAGCGCGCUGCCGAGUUCCACGCCCGCCCCAUGCCAGUGUUCGAGGACGGGGUGCAUGGCGUGCCCCCCAAGAAGCCCCCGACACCCACCCAGGUCAAGCCCUUCAGCAUGAGGGUGGACCAGCGAGGCAGCACCAAGCAGGAGAGGUUUAAGGAGCAGCUGGAGAAGGAGGCGCAGUGGGAGGCGGAGCAGCGACGUUUCCGUGCCCAGGCUGACGAUGUGGUCCACAAGGCGCCGUUCAUCCCUGAGAAAUCCAAGAAGCCCCUCACUGAGAUCUCCAACGUCCCCCUCAACACUGAGAUCCGGGCCAGCGAACGCUCCGAAUAUGAGAACCAGCAGAAGGCCAUGGAGGAGGAGAGGAUGGCAGCAAAGAAAAUGGAGGAGGAACGUCGGGCGGCCGAGGAGUUGGCUGAGGUGGCCCGGCUGAGGCAGGAGGCUGUGCACAAGGCUCAGCCGGUGCCCAAAUACAAGCCGAUGGUGAUCCAGCCAUCGCUUCAGCCGCCUACCGUCCCGCAGAGUCCAAACUUUGCCACCAACACACGUCUGCGCUCCCGAUCACGGGCAAACUCCACCUUCUCUGUCAAUGAGUAAAUGGAUUUUAGUUCUUUGCCAGGUUUUCUUAUAGGAUGACUGUCUGAUCUUGUUAUAUUUUAGUUUUUACUUUAUUUACCUUCUCUGUCUACAUGUAAACAGAUUUUAGUUCUUUGCCUAAGUUUCCUUCCGUGGCAUCUUUUUAUUUUCUUAUAGGACGAGUGUUGUCUGAUCAUAUUAUAUUUUAGUUUUUGCUUUAUCUAGGUUUUAAGGUUUGGAAUUGUGUUUUUACUCAUCUCGUUACUUCUAUAUAAAACGGAGAUCCAUUUCCUCUAACUGCUGGCAUUUGAAUGUAGCUUAAGUUUGCUGUGCUGGACAGGGACAGAAGGGGACAAGUCCUCUCUCUACAUAUGGGAAAAGUUUUGGAUCUAUGGGAACUGAGAUGUCAUUUCAACCAGUGGGAGGAGAGGGCAAACUCUCUACCAUCUCCACUUGCUUUAUCUGUUGACAUACAUAGCGUAGGGUAAGUUUGCCCUGAUGGACAGGGAGAUGAAGGGGCCAACUCUUUACUAUGAGGGAAAGAGCAUUAGGCCCAAGGGAACGGUGGGAUCAUUUUAACUUCAGUGGGAGAUCAUUACACACUUCCAUGCAAAGUUAGGAGAUUGCAACACAAGACGGGGGAGAGGAAGAGGCCAACUCUCUCCACUGUGAGAGAGUAUCAGGUCCAAGGGAAUGGAGGUGGGAUCGUUUUAAUUUCAGUGGGAGGUCAUUACACAUUACACAAGACAAGGGGAGGAAGGGGCCAACUCUCCACUAUAUGAGAGAGAGUAUCAAGCCCACAGGGAACAGAGGUGGGACCAGCUUAACCAGUGACAUGACACAUUUAUAUGCAAAUUUAGCCUCUAGACAGAGGGGGGGAGGGGGGGCAAGGCUGGUUCUCUCUUCACUAUAAGAGACACACAACAAGAACAAGAUGAUACAUUUACACUCAAAAUAUCUCCUGAAAACUAAGACUUGAGCUAGUGUAACAUAUAUAACAAUUUAUUGCUUAAUAUUUAUUUAGAAAGUUGCAUGAAGUAUACCUUUGAGAUAAGUUACCUCUCAGUGACUUCUAAAAGCUUUCUUUCUUUACUCUAUCUGCCUAAGUCUACUCUUUUCUGUGUUCUGUUGAUAGGAAGAGAAGUGAAGAUGUGUUGGGUAAGGCUCAAUGCAUCACUAUAUACUUUGUGGACUUCCUAGACAGAGCAAAAGAAGCCUUAGGGAACUUUGGGCCAUUCUGAGGGGACACAUUUAGGAACUCUGUCAAUAUUCAGAAACUUGUAACAGAAGGGAUAGGAAAGGCUCAAUACAUCGGUAUAUGCUUUGUGGACUAUCUGAAUAAUCAAAGUCUUAGGGAAUUGGAGUCAUAUAACUGAGGUGACACACUUGCAACUCUGUCUAUAUUCAGAAGUGUUGGGGGAGGUUCAGCACAUCAGCCUAUAAUUGCUGUAUGUGUAGAUGUCCUGCAGCAAGACUGAACCCGAUAUCACUGCCAGUAGUAUAAGUAGCUCAUAUCAUGCUCAGAGUGUGUGCUGUCGAGUACUGAUACAGCCUACUUCUAUUACUCUUGUAUUUUUACACCUAUGUCUGUGGAUGAAUUGUUUAAUAAAUUGCACGGUAUGAGA